AUGCAGUGGCGUGCGGGGUUCGCCUCCUCACGCGCUUUGGUGGUGGAUCUGGGCCGGAACCGCAGUCUUCCGGUUCCGUUCGGGCUGCACGCUGACGAGCGCCACUCAGUAUCCGGCUGCGUGGUGGCCUUUCCCCUGCAGGAGUACGGCGGGAUCAUGUCCGGCCUGGUGGCCGAGUCAUGGUGGAGGAAAACCCUGUACCUGACCGGAGGAGCCUUGCUGGCCGCUGCUGCGUAUCUGCUCUACGAACUGCUCUCAAUCAGGAAAGAGCAGCAGUUGGACUCUAAAGACGCCAUCAUCCUCCACCAGUUCUCCAGACCCAAAAACGGUGUCCCCAGCCUGUCUCCGUUUUGCCUGAAGAUGGAAACUUACCUGCGCAUGGUGGAUUUGCCAUACCAGAAUUACUUUGAUGGCAGUCUCUCUCCUCAGGGGAAAAUGCCAUGGAUUGAGUAUAAUCAUGAGUGUGUGUCUGGGACGGAAUUUAUUAUUGAUUUUCUAGAGGAGAAGCUGGGUGUGAGCCUCAAUAAAAGCCUGAGUGGGCCAGAGCAGGCUGUGGCCCGGGCCGUCACCAAAAUGGUGGAAGAACACUUAUACUGGACGAUAGUGUACUGUCAGUGGGUGGAGAAUGUGGAGCAGACUCAGAAUCUCCUAGACGUUCCUGGCCCACUGAGUGAGGUUCUGAAGUGGACGCUGUGCCAGCUGAAUGGAGGCCUGGUGAAGAGGGAGAUGUUCUGCCAGGGAAUCGGCCGAUUCACCAGAGAUGAGCUUUACACACUGAUGGAGCGAGACAUGCGUACACUCGCCACGCUGCUGGGAGAUAAGAAGUACAUUAUGGGCUCUAAAGUGACCAGUGUGGACGCCACAGUGUUUGGACACCUCGCACAGGCCAUGUGGACGCUGCCUGGCUCCAAACCAGAGCAGCUAAUUAAAGGUGAGCUGAUUAACCUUGCCAUGUACUGCGAGCGGAUCCGGAGGAAAUUCUGGCCAGAGUGGUUCGUGGAUGUGGAUGACUUUUGCUUGGACGGAGAGAGUGACAGCAGCUGUGGAACGCCCACACACCUGAUGGACUUUAGCUUGUUCUCACGUACUGACACAUUGGAGGACAGCGCCAGCAGCUCACCCUCUCAUACAAACACACACUCGCCGGACACCGACCGUUCAGGACGCUCGCUCUCCGACUCGGACAUCGAGGUGGACGUCUUGGACGACAAACAGCAGGUUAAGGGGUAGAUCAUAUCUGAUAAACUUUGACCUUUGAUCUGUGCAGACAUCUGAAAACAUCUGUUUUGCAGCAGCAUCUGGACUGCAGCACUACAUUAUUGGACAUGAUGACCUCAGAGUGGACUUCUGCUUAGGAGCCAGACUUACUGGGCAUCGGUUUUAAACUUGUGUGACUGUGUGCGUGAGGGUUUUUAUGAAAGCUACAGGGUUGUUUCAGACAUUAGUACACUGUGUGAUCAAAAGUAUUCAGAUCCUGAUUGGUUGAUUAAGCUGCAAACUAAUCAUUGACACCAGUGAUAUGGCAAAAAUGAUACUUGAAGUUGUUUUCAGAAUAUAUGAUAUGCAUCAUGAUUAGGGCCUUCAAACGAAUAAAAGAUUAAUCACGAUUAAUCACAUCUUAUUUGCUCAAAUUUCACCUUAAAGAAAUAUUUUUUCCAUUUAAAAAGCAAAGUUUAUUAUAUAUUAUGUAUAUAAUAAUAAUACUACUAAUAAUAAUAAAAAUGAUAUCAUAUGUGAAAUAAGCCUGAUCAGAGUUAUUUAUUACUCAUCGACCUUCCGGUUACAGGGCUGGGAUCCUAACCUGUUAAUUUAUAAUAACUUUCCUUUUAAUUUAUCUAUAGGUCUCCCGUGAGCGGCGCCAAGCCAACUUUGACAGCCCUAAUCAUGAUAUUUAUUUUUUCUGAGCUUUGAUUAGUUGGAUUGGAUAAAAUGCACCAGAAGUGCCAAAUUUUAAAAACACUAACAAAAAUGAUAAUAUUAUAAUUGCUGGUUACAGCCUUACAUACAAAGGAUUGGCUACAGUUUGUUCGCUAUUUUAGGAUGGACUGUUUUUUGAACAAGGCACAGUGCAGAAUGUAGAUAGAAAACGGUUUAUGGGCUUUUUAAUGCAGUUAAUUUAAAAAGAAAAGUUUGGGUGUGCAGGUGUCUGGAUACUUUUGGACAUACAGUGUGGAUUCUGUGUUAUCCUGACUUUAUUAUUCAUGAGAUAUGUAUUGGUUCUUGUUCUCAGUACAAGGGUCCAGCAACAUGUCUGAAUUCUAGCCCAGGAAACCAAUUCAUUUAUUUUUUAACCAGUGUGGAGCGUCUAUGUUGUGACCUCAUAUCGAGCAAAGCUCUUCUGUCAGUUCAUUUCAGUCAAACUAUAAUCAUGACCACAUAGCAAUGACAGAUUUAAACAGGAGGUGAAUUCAGUGAAGGGAUGUAUCUAUCAAUAACUCUAUCAUCCUGUUAAAAACAUACAAUGCUGUGUUUACUUCAUAACACACAGAUGGGUGACAUAUUAAAGGAAAAACUGUUAAAAUGUCACCACGAGCCACCAGGGUAGCUUCAGUGCAUCUUGGCAUAGAUACCAGUCCCUGGAAUUGUACUGGAGGGAAAUAGUAGUGGGUGGUAUGGCCAAAAAUAUAGUAUUGUAUAAUACAUUUUGACAGUUUAAUAUGGUAUAUCUUUUUUAACCAUUUUAGAUGCUAAAGUAAACCUAACAGAGCUCAAUAAUAUAUUUAAAAAAAACAUAUGUCAAUAUUGCUUUCUAACACUAGCCUUGCACACACAGCAAAAACAGUGCUUGUCUCACGUCUGAAUUCCUACAAUGCUGAUGCUGACUUUUUGUUUGUCAGCUUUUUCAUUGAAUUUUCUGUUCCACCUUAAAUGGAGCAGCAUUAACAUCCUGAUACCUUUACAGGCACCUGAAUGUAACUACUGCGUCAUUUAAUGUGGAAAAGCAAUUUUGAAUAAGAAGCCAACUUCAGCUUCAUUGAAUUUCUUUAGUCAUUUGUCUCAUAUGUGCAUCCCAUAUACUUAAGCCUCUGACUUUAAGAUAUCGCUGGAAUUUGGGAAAUAUUACAGUCAGGCAGCUUCUCAUGCAGUGUGAGAGGAAGCGUGGCAAGUGGUCAUUUGAACUGUGAGCGAAACCUCGCCGGCUCAGCCACUCAGCUAAAGAGCUAACAUUAGCAUGCUUUGCACUGUAUGUACGUCCUGUUGUCUUCACUUAUUUGUGGCAUAUAAUGGUUAUGACAAUACGCAAACCUGAGGAACAAUUUAAAGUGGUAUACCACCCACUAUUAGAUGUAACACCAUUCUUCCAAAACGAUAUACUGGUGUUUUGAUGGGUGCUGUCUACGACAUUCCCCCAAAAUAUCCCAUAGGUGUUCAACUGGUAUGUGAUCUGAUGACUGAAAACACCAUAGCAUAGGAUUUACACCCUUUGGUUUACAGUGACUCUUCUUCUAUGGAGGAAAUGGACCCAAACCAUGCCCCACCACAGCAUAACAGAGCCACCAGACAACCUCACUGUUAGGGGUCAAGCAUUCAGACCUGUAUCAUUCUCUUGGUGUACAUAUGCACUCGCACAUGUGUGGAGAAAUUGGUGACUCAUCUGACCAUAUCACUUUUUUCCACAUCUCUGUAGACCAGUGCCUGUGGUUUUUACACCACUCAACUCUCAAAUGUGCAUUUGUCUUUGUAAUGAGGGGGCUAUGCCUUGCAACCCUACCAUAAUAAUCCCUCUCAUUGUGGUUGUGGAUUGGCAUUCUCAGUCUCCUGAGGCACAGUCUUCCAUUUUUCUUUCCAUAUCAUACUAAUGCACAAGCAUCACGCUCACCUAUUGUGUGCUUUCAGCUACAGUUUUCAACCAUAUUUACUGAUAGCCUUCCCAUAGAUCUAAAUUCAGAGGUCAUUUUAGUCACUGUUAGUAUUGAAACAUGGUCGGUUGAGAAGGUGUUGUGACUGAAGCUCCUGCCAUCCAUCCCCCUGUAAAAAACCCUCUUCCAAAGCCACUUAGAUCUUGUCCUCUUCACAUCUUGAUCCAAAUUUUAUAGACACAAUGGAGCGUUGUCAUUCAGCCUUUGUUUUUCUAAUUUGUCACCCAUCG